AUGAGUGGAAGAGGCAAAGGAGGAAAGGGUCUGGGUAAAGGAGGCGCCAAGCGUCACCGCAAAGUCCUCCGCGACAACAUCCAGGGAAUCACCAAGCCCGCCAUCCGUCGCCUGGCUCGCCGCGGCGGCGUGAAGCGUAUCUCCGGUCUGAUCUAUGAGGAGACUCGCGGCGUGUUGAAGGUGUUCCUGGAGAACGUGAUCCGCGACGCCGUCACUUACACCGAGCACGCCAAGAGAAAGACCGUCACCGCCAUGGACGUGGUCUACGCCCUGAAGAGGCAGGGCCGCACUCUGUACGGCUUCGGCGGUUAACAACCCGGAACCUGAAUGCAACACGACUCUCAACCCAACGGCUCUUUUAAGAGCCACACACACGUGCAACUACU